AUGAGACUGCUGCUCGCUCUGUCGCGUAUUCGCAUAGCCCUUUUCUCAGGAAACCGCAUCAAAUAAUAGCAGCAGCAAUGUCAACCCCAACAACAGCUCAAACACCUGCCAGUGGAAGCGGCGGCACCAAUAUCCCCUUGUUUGGGAGGCCAGCUGCUUGCCACCCCAUCGGCUUUACAAAUAUCAAGCAAGCUGGUCUGGUGGAAUGGAGUUGGCAGAACGGCGCGUUUUCUUGGCUCCGUCUUUUCAUGUGGCUAUUUGCGGGCACUCUGCUUGUUGGAGUAUUCGUCUUGCUGGUGGGGGCUGUGACGAGGAAGUGGUAUACUAUCGUAGUGGGAUGCUUGUUGGUCAUUUUGGGACUUCCACACUUCACAAUUAAAAACUGGCUAUGGAAUGCCAAUAAACAAGUAGCCAUUAGUCAAGCGCGAUUCAAGAGCAACGAGGCCGAACAAAUGUGGAUCAACGUGGACCCAGCGUUUCAUUAUCAAGCCAAAGAUCUUUACUUUGAGACAAGCUAUGGCGGAAAGACAUUAAAGGUCUUGCGCGAUGGUACUAUUGAGGAGCACGGUGCUCACAACGAUGUAGCAGUGGACGAAGUGCCGGAUCUUCAGGAUGCGGCUGAGUUUGCCAUGGAUACUGAUUACGAUAUCGGGAAUAUCACCGAUGCACUAUUAUAGUAGGAAGUCAACAUUAAUAAAAUGGAUUUUAGCUCCACUGGUACUGGUACCGGUAGGCCACCCAGAAGCAAAUUGACCAAAAAAC